CUUCUGCUGCUGGUUGGACUGGGAGUCUUAGGAAGCAUAUUUUACAGAACUUCGAAGGUAGAAAUGGAAAAAUUGAAAAAACUACAACAUUUCGAAGAAGAACUUCAGAAGAAUGUUUCUCUACAACUGAUGCAUAAUAUGAAUUGUUCCAAGACUAUCAAGGAAGUCUCUGUUGCACUGCAAGCAACAGCCACCAAAUUAUGUUAUGAGCUAUCUAAAAAACCCUCAGAAUUCUUUAUUUUCUCUUUCAGGUUUACAGGAAAUAUAAAUGACCUACGUGAUAAAAUAUAUUGUGGAUUUAUAAGUGCAACAUAUGUUUAUUAUGGCCAAUGCACUGAUAAAGCAAGAUUUAUAUGUGAGAAGUUAGCUAAUCCCGUGAAGACUGAGAGUAUAGUAAUGAAUGAAGUACCAGAAGGAAAAAUGUAGUUAGAGCAAUUAUUUUUCCUUAGCUAUUAUCCUGCAAGUAAAGGCAACUUUAGGGAACAUAAAUCUUGUGGACCACACAAAUGGAAUAAAGAUGCUGUGAGACUAAA